UAAGGUGAAAAAAGGUGGAAGCAACCUAGGUUGGAUAACAUCCAUCUUGUCCACCUUUCUUCUCUCCUAUUCUGAUCUGCUUUACAUUUCCGAUCCCCCUACCAUUUUCUCCUCUCAAGACCAUUCACAAGAAGAACCCAUUAAACCAAUCUUGAGAGCCCUUAGCUUAGCUCAUUAACAAAACAAAAAUGGCACUAAGUAACAAUGUCAUAGGUUGCAUAAACUUUGUGGCCAUUCUCCUCUCCAUCCCCAUUAUAGGCGCCGGCGUUUGGCUGGCGACCUUGCCAGACAACUCCUGCGUCAAGAUUCUCCAAUGGCCGGUCAUCAUCUUGGGAGUUCUCACAUUAAUUGUGGCCUUGGCGGGGUUUAUAGGAGGGUUUUGGAGGAUCCCAUGGCUCCUUAUAUUCUACCUCGUAGCAAUGCUUGUGCUCAUAAUAUUGCUGGCGUGUUUGGUGGUUUUCGUGUAUAUGGUCACCAUUAGAGGCUCCGGCCACCCGGAGCCGAGCCGGGCGUACUUGGAAUACCAUCUUGAUGACUACUCCGGCUGGCUUCGCCGGAGGGUUCGAAGCUCCUAUAAGUGGGAUAGGAUCAAGAGUUGCCUUAGUUCCUCUCCGAUGUGUGCUCACUUGAACCAGACUUAUACCGGUGCUCUAGAUUUCUUCAAUGCACAUCUCAGUCCUAUGGAGUCAGGAUGUUGUAAACCACCAACAAAAUGUGGGUACACAUAUGUUAACCCAACAUAUUGGAUAAGCCCAAUAGACAUGACAGCAGACAUGGACUGCCUAAACUGGAACAAUGACCAAACAAAGCUUUGCUACUCUUGUGAUUCUUGCAAAGCAGGUUUACUGGCAAAUCUCAAGAAGGAAUGGAGAAGGGCAGAUAUCAUUUUGUUGAUUACACUUGUGGGGUUGGUUUGGGUUUAUGUUAUUGGGUGCUGUGCUUUUAGGAAUGCCAAAACUGAGGACCUGUUUCGCAAAUACAAACAAGGUACUACUUAUACUUAAAGUGUGACAAUUAAUUAGCUAUGUUGUUAAUUUCAUCUUUUGAUAAUUAGAAAAGCAAAGAGAGGUUAAGUUGGUCAUGGGCAUUUGUAAUUUGGAUGGAUCUUAUGUUGUUGUAAUCGCUCUGUAAAACAAAAGGUUGAAUGGACAUUUUAGUGAUGACUUUAUAAAAAAAAAAAAUCUUUUCAUCAUGAAAAUAA